CCCAUUUGCAAGAUGUUCAGAAAAUUCGAUCCAUCCACAGACAUUGCCGGACGAACCCAGGUCAAGUCCUCCGUCGUCCGCAACAUCCGCACAAAGCUUGUCCAGGACUAUCCCGGCCUUGAGCCUGUCCUCGACGAGAUCCUGCCUAAAAAGGGUGCUUUAACCCUCAUCAAAUGCCGAGAACACAUCUCCAUCCUUACAAAUCAAGAUAAAGAAAUCCUCUUUUUCCAACACUACGACGACGCCUUCCACCCCCACCUCCGUCUCGUCCACAAAUACCCCAAUGCAUUCCCAACGCUCCGCGUCGACCGUGGUGCGAUCAAGUUCGUGUUGAAUGGAGCAGAUAUCAUGUGUCCUGGACUUACUUCACCAGGAGCAUUGGGUGGCGAGGAGAUUCCUGAUAUUCCGGCGGAGAGAGUGGUGGUGAUUACGGCGCAGGGGAAGGAGCAUGCGCUUGCGGUUGGAUUUACGAAGAUGAGUGCAAGGGAUAUGGUGUCGAUCAACAAGGGCAUCGGAGUGGAGAACGUGCACUCUUUGGGUGACCCGCUGUGGAACUUUAUCCCUUAAGCGAGUAAUGGGACAUCUUGGAAAGAGUAAAAGGAGAGGAAAGAGACAAACAUUUCGGCAUGAACCAGAGAUGAGAUUUGUUCGACCACAAAACCACGGAUCAAGUCUACGAUAGACACCCCACAAUAAAAUCUUACAUGUAUCCCACCCC